CGCGUUCCGAUGACGCAGCGGAAGCGAGGCGGGGUCCUUUCUGGCCGCCCGCUCUCCCCAAGGUGCCUGCGGAUCUCGGUGCCGGCCUUGCGGAGCGCGGGGGCGGCGGCUCCUUCCCCGCGGCGCCGGGCACCAUGAUGGUGGGCAAGACCAGCGCCAUCGCCGCGGGGCUCUGCGGGGCCCUGUUCAUCGGCUACUGCAUCUACUUCGACCGCAAGAGGAGGAGCGACCCCAAUUUCAAGAACCGGCUGCGGGAGCGAAGGAAGAAACAGAAGCUUGCCAAAGAGAGAGCAGGGCUUUCCAAGCUGCCUGAUCUGAAAGAUGCUGAAGCUGUUCAGAAGUUUUUUCUUGAGGAGAUCCAGCUUGGGGAGGAGCUACUAGCUCAAGGUGAAUAUGAGAAAGGUGUGGAUCACUUGACCAAUGCCAUUGCUGUGUGUGGGCAGCCGCAGCAGCUACUACAAGUUCUACAGCAGACUCUUCCACCACCAGUGUUUCAAAUGCUUCUAACUAAGCUCCCUACAAUAAGCCAGAGAAUUGUAAGUGCACAGUGCUUGGCUGAAGAUGAUGUUGAAUGAGUUCACACCACAACAGGGGGAAAAAGUGUUUUCUUACCCCAGAAGAUGAGCAUCAGUAGGGGGUUAAAGGGGCAAACAUAGUAGUUAUGGACUGUGUACCACAUCGGGUUCUACCGGAGUUAAAAUUAACUUUGUGUAGGUGGGUUUCACAGGAUUUUAUUUAUUAUCCCAGUGAAAAGUGUAUUUUGAUAAAAAUUCAUUUUAUAAAUACACUGUGUUGAGUUAUCAAAGUAUCACUAACUUCAUUAUUAUUAAAAGAUGCAGUUGUGAUGUUGUACAUAUAAAGACGUAAAACUAAAAGCUAUUGAAAACCCAAUGCUCAUUUUUUGAAGAAAAAAAAAAAGAAAAAAUUAAAGAAAAGAAGUUAUGGCAAUAAAGAUUUAUCCACACUCGUGUGUCCCUAUAGCACUACUUUGAAUUUCAGAACGUUUGGGUGUCAGAGCAGAGCAAAUGGUCUAAAAAAUAACAGCGUUUAAUGAAACCAAAAGCGUUAUGGCUGGUCUUCCAGUGCUUUUAGUUAAUUCAAAACCUCAAGUCAUUCCCUGAGAAAAUAGGCAUGUGAUCGUUUAAACUGUAACUGGCCACGUCAAAAAGAAAUGCAAAUCAAAACGGUAAUAGGUGACUUAGCUGCUGGGAGAACGAGAGAUGUAUUUGUCAGGAACAGUAACGCCUGUAGUGAAGCAUGUCAAAACCAAAUCUGCCACCAGGGAACUUCUGUUAAGUAGAUGCGUGAAGUAAAACUGUUUAGAAUAGAACCUUGGGUGUAUGUUAAGAGCACAAAGAGUUUUUAUUUUUAUUUGGAAAGCGUUUUACCUUCUUGUAAGAUAAUUAACAUUUCAGGCUCUGAUUCUCGAGAGAAAUUAUUUAGCAGUCCUCGGUGUUUGGCUUGAAUUUUUUUUGUGCUUAUUCAAGUUACAAAGGUAAGAUGGUGCCAUCUCCAGGCUAAACUAGCUGGAAAUGCUGGAAUUGGGAAGACGUAGAAUGUCAGUAUGUGGAGAAAACAAGGAAAAAAUACAGACUGAAAUGUGUUUUCAGUAUUCUUCUACUACUCGUUUUCCCUCGCUAGGAUAUUCUGAAUUUCAGAUCAGAGCAGACUGGUUGCCGCCAUUUUGUGUUUUUGUGCUGAGGCCACUAUGGAGGCAGGAAAAAAAAAAAAAAGCAAUUAAAAAUGUGGUUUAAUAUUUCUGGCAUUAUGAUUUGUUUCAGUUUCAUGAAGAGAACAAUUCUUUGGUCUAGUGGUGCUGUUACUAGAAAUGUACUGGUUGGCAUAGUCUGAGUAGAAGAGAGAGACUCUGAUGGCGCUCUGUCUAGCAUUCCCAUUUAUCUUUCUCUCUCCAUCCUGCUGUAAGUUUCUGUAAAGGCAAAUUCUUCCAAAACAGGUCUCAGUUUUAGAAAGAGCCUCUCAGAGUCUUUGUUAUGUGGCAGGUUUGUGGUCACCCGCUUGUCACGUACCAAAACUUGGGAGUACGAAUGGUUCUUGCUGAGUCCAUCAGCUUGGACAAUUCUUUUUGCUAUGGAGGAGAAAUUUCCCCACUAAUUCCUUAAAAUACAGCUUCAUGAAGUUUGAGCUGCUGCUGAGUCUUUUCGGAAUGGAAAGAAUAUUGAAGUUAAUGGCUGGUAGGAACAAAAUUUCUUGAACAGAUGACUGUAAUUUGGUCUUGUUGUUGUUUAGGUGCCAUAAGAUAGAAGUAAAACUUAGUCUUUGUCUUCAGGUGACAAUGACUGUUUUCCUCUUUUAAUUUGUCUUAGAGAUACAAAGUUAUGCUGCACAUGAGAUAUUUCAUACAUAUACUGUGAAGCAAUAGAAGGUCCUUUGCUUCUGGGAUGCAGCUGGAAUGUUUGGAGGACUUUUCCCUUUGCAUUUUAAUUUUAAAAGUUUGGAAAAAUUCAUAGAUGAUGCUGACAGAAUCUUUACCUUCUGUCCUUAGUGGUGGCGGCAAUUUCACAGUGAGAUCUUUUAGGUUCACCUUUUAGCUUCUUCAAGUAGAUUAAGCUUCCUUAAAACCCAAAUAACAUAAGGCACUCUCCCUUUAGACUGAACAGUUUUUGUGCUCUUUGCUAUAAUGUUGGUAUAACUUUGAAUUCACAGUUUAGCUUACAGCAGUGCUUUUCCGAACUAAGUAUUUUAGCAAAUCUGCCCGUCAGUUCCUUUGAUGGAAGACUCUGCAAUAGUCCAAUUGUGUCUACAGAAGUUCAUUGCUUUAAUAGCUCUUAUAGGUACCUGUACUACUUUAAACCUUCUUAGUUUUCUCAAUCCUGCAAAACUGGAUAUGAUUGAAAUUUUUAGACAAGGAAGCCUUAAGAAGGACCAGUGUAUUCUCAAAUGUUAUAAUCCCAAAGUACCUGGCUAGUAUGUUGAUGCAAGCUCUGAUACCUGAUUUGAGUGCCUUGGCUAAUAGGGUGGGAAGGUGUCAUUUUUGAAUCUUUGAAUAAGACUGAUUUUUGUUUUAUUUUAUUUUUUAUUUUCCUAAAAACUGAAGGUAAAACUUGAUGAAAGCUGGUUAAAAAGAAAGACAGUGUCUAGGUUGGGAAUUGGAUGUUGCUCCAGCAGUGGUGGGCUCCUGCUGUUGUAACAGCAUGCACAGCACACAGAUGUCAGAGGCUCUAAUUUACAACUUGUUUUAGUCAUGAGCAAAGUGCAGGUCAUUGAACAUACAGUGGAAGUGAUGUAUCUUAUUGCAUCAAUAGCAGUAAUGCUGUUGCCUUAGCCAUACACAGUACUGUGUUCCUUUUUACCUUUGCAAUUCAAAAAAAGGUGGAGGUGAACUAUUUAAUUGUGGAUUUGAUGCUGGUGAGCUCCCAGCUGCUGGUAAAUAAUGUCUGUAAAUGUGCUUCGCUGCAGGUAAGGCUGCUGUUUCUCUCGGAACCAUUCUCUGCUCUGUAGUGCUCCAGGAAUGAGGCUCUUGGUUUCAAUGUAUGUGACCACUCAGAAUUUCUCGUAAUGGAGGUCUGAUAAUUUUACGCUAGGAAGUCUCCUUUCACCUGUUACAAGCUUCUCUGACAGCUUUUAUAGCAAAAAAGACAACAACUUCUAACAACCUACAACCAACAGCUACUUUAAUGGUUGUGCAGAGCUAUCUUUCUUUGAUGUUUCACCAUUAAGUUCUUUAGGUAGCAGGAUCAGGCACACACUGAAUCAUCUGGCACUGAUUGCUUUACCCUGAGGUAUGACAGAAUAUUACUGCUGCCCUUCUAAAAAGGUGAAAUCCCAGCCCUAGUCCUGCUGUGUAGGAGGUUAGGAAACCAUCAGCAAAGUGAAGCUCAAUCUAUUUAUGCACCCAGAAGACUCUUCCUAAAAUUUCAUGUGUACAUCUGGUGGUGGUGUGUUGAAAGUCCCUUAGGCUCAACACUAGCCCUACAUGACCAUCGUGUUAAAAUUAAUGUGAGUUAAACGUCAAGGAGGGAGUCUUUGAAGUGGUCACUAAGUGCUUUUCUUGUGUUUCAAAGGCGCGUUGAAUGGUUCACCUGAGCUGAGUUUUUUCAACAAUGUAGGUAUGAAAGGGGUUGGUGUGAAGAAUAUGAUUUCUUCAAGGUUUCUAUUGUACCCAAGUCUUGGUCUGGCUUUCAGUUUGUAUGCUUACACUGACCAGUGCAGAUUUAUGUUCUUGUCUGGGGUAGGACUGAAAAAAUAACCUCUCUGCAUAGCAGUCAUAUUUGACCACAAGUCUGUCUUGCAAAGAGCUGAAACGUGCUUAAUACAUAAGGAUGAGUAGCUUUUAGGCACUGCAGAGGCUGAGCUUCUGGUGUACUUGCUCUCUGCAGUUGUACCAAAACGGAGCUUCCCAAAGAUGUGGGCAUUCAGUGCUGUUCUGUCACGUCCUGUGUAUGAAUUUAUGAAUGAAGCCACAGAAAACAGCCGGCCCUUCUGUGAUAUUUCCAUACCAGGCUGCUCUGCUUACUAGAGCCUAAGUCAUGUGCAGGUUCUUUCCAAAUACAAGACUUUCUGUUUGUGCUUAAAAGGAAAGUCAGGGUUCUCACCUCCCUGAAAUAGGGGCUCACAGGUGCUACCCUAACAUCGUAUACUGUCUGUCAUUAGACGAGGUGACUACCCUCUGUUUCCUGAUCACUGCUGUAACCUAACAAGCAUGAAUUCCUAAAGGCUUGUACGCUCUAAGCUUUUGUAUUUAGAGGUGUAGUUCCAGUCCCUGGUUUGUGAAGGUCAGGCCUUGAUUUAGUGGCUUGAUAGAUAUGUGUCUUGGAGCUCUUGCUCAGUUACCAUCAUUUCCUUUGUGCUCUGAGGAUGUUCUUGUCUCCUUGUCUUUGGGAUGAGAAUGUCACUGGGACUCACCCAUUCUGCUAUGGUCACCGAAUGGGGUGCUGAUGCUCCUAAAGGUGUUGCUGCAAUAUAGCUCAUGUGGCUUUCAAAUAUCAAAUUUCUACACUGCGUGGAGACAGGAAACAGCAGCUGCCAGGUAAUUCUGCCUCUUCGCACCUUGGGCCCUUAGGACUGUGAAAAACCGAUUUGGUCAUACUAUCAUUUAUUUGAGCAGGUCUUAGUCUAAACAGCAGAGGGCAGUUUUGCACAUCUGUUCUGUGUAAGCUCAGAACAAUCCUGCAAAAUCCCAGUUUUCAGAAUCUUCACGUCUGGAAGGGUGUUGCAAUGCAGCAUUUUGUCCAAACAGAUUUCAUACAGUGUACAGUACAGGGCCAGUGGGGGCAGCAGUGUGGCAUCUGUUUCUACUGACACCCAAUUUUGGCACUUUAAAUCCCCAGACGUUUGUUGUGGUGAAAUAAUUACAGUCAUUUCCCUUCCUCUGCAUCCCUCAGCCCAAACCAGGUAUAUAGGGAAGCCACCUGCGUUGUGCAGCUUAAACCACACCAGAAAAUGCAACUGCAUGUCAUUCCCUGACAUGUCAUAGAAGGAUUCCCCCCUGCUCAGAUGUGAUUUCUCUGGAUAAGCUUUGUUAGCCUGAGUGAAAUGAGAGCUGUCAGCUGCAGUAGGGGUGGGAGAGAAAAAUAUGGCUUUACCCUGGAGGUGGGGUUAACCACCUCCCACUUCCCUCCCACCUUUCCCCCCAAAAAACCAAACUGUUGGCAUUAGGGUGCAGUUCUGGUGCAAUCCUGUAGCUGACACGGAGGAGCUGGUUGGCUCUUCAGUGCCUAGGAGGCAGCUAUUAGUAGCAGAAUGGCACUCUGGCUUAAGACCAAAUCAUAAACCACUCCUGCACGUCUGAAGUGCUGUUUCUGUGCUUCAUGGUUGUGUUUGCAGAGGGAGGUAUGUGUUGGUACUGUACGUGUAAAUGGAAGUAUUCAGCCUCUGUAUUAUCCAUCGGUGGGCAUUUUUUAGACGUUUCUCUGGUUAUUACGAAAUAUUUCAGAGCCUGCUUAAAGCAUAGCAAGUACCUGGAGAAAGUGAGCUGUUUAAUAAAAAAAACCAUCUCUGCAAACCAGGCUUUUCUGUCCUUAGGUCAAUCUGGAUGUGUUACACCCUCUAAGGUAGCCUGAAAGACACAGAAAUUUGCUGUAACAAACAAAUCUUUGCCCGCUUUGGCAUGUAUGUAAAAGAGCAUUUCCUGGAGCUCUGGAACAACCUGAUUAGCAUCUCUUGUUGUAUUUAAAAUGUUUAAUUAGAAGUAAUGUACUUUCCGCUGUGAUGAUUAAAAUGACAAUGAUUAUUGCAUGAAUUUGUUAAUUAUAAUGCAAUGACUAAUUAAAUGGAGAAAUGGAGAAAAGGGA